AUGGGAGACCUUUCUAUAAGUUCCUUUAAGGCUGCUAUGAUGAAAGAGUUUGAGAUGACUGAUCUUGGUCUCAUGAAAUAUUUUUUGGGAAUAGAAGUUAAGCAAUCAGCAGAUGGUAUUUUUAUUUCUCAGUCAAAAUAUGCAAGUGAUGUAUUGAAAAGAUUUAAUAUGUUGAAUUGCAAACCAUCUCCUACUCCAGUUGUGAUAGGACUAAAGUUAAACAAGGAUGAUGGCAGUUCAUUGGUUGAUCCUAGAUUGUUCAAAAGGUUGGUUGGUAGUCUCAUGUACUUGACUGCUACACGACCUGACAUCAUGUAUGGUGUGAGCCUUAUCUCAAGGUUCAUGGAGUCUCCAAAAGACUCUCAUUUGCAAAUUGGAAAAAGAAUUUUGAGGUAUGUAUGUGGAACCAAGAACUAUGGAAUUUUGUAUUCAGCUGUAGACGACUUCAAACUUAUUGGAUAUAUGGAUAGUGAUUGUGCUGGUAGCAUAGAUGAUAGAAAAAGUACUUCUGGUUAUGCAUUUCAUUUUGGAUCUGAUGUUGUUUCCUGGGCUUCAAAGAAACAACCCAUUGUUACACUUUCUUUAGCAGAAGAGACUACGUGGCAGCCACAUGAGCUGCAUGUCAAGCAGUAUGGAUGA